GUUUUCAUCACGUGUCGCCUGCUGGGCCGCGAGAAGAUCGUCAGCUAAAGCUUGUGGAGGGCUGUUCUAUUCUCGAUUGUAGCGCGGCAUGCACGCACGCUUGCAUGCUGACCAACGCAGCAGCAUGCAGCAUGUCUGCGCACCCCGCGCUUUGUUGCGACAUGAGAAGCGCUCUUCUUCCAACAGAAGCGUCCUCACGCGAGUUCCCCAUCAACGCUCUCCACAUAUUCAGGCCUGUACACAUGCGACUGGUACAUUCGGCACUCAAACCCCACGUUUUCAGUACCAGCAAGUUGAUGGUGUCAUAUCAAAGUGUUGCUCCCCACUUUGGCCAAGCUGGCAGGAAAGUCGAGAUGCAAGUCGAGGGAUCGAUGAGUGAACCUCCGAUGACGCAAGGAGGAGCCCAACAAGACGAGGGCCUGCCCUCCAAUCUGACACAGGCGCUUCAAGACUUGGCUCCCCACAACAGUCGAGCUGUGCAGCGACUCAUCACGGGCUUGAGACAGGGCGGGACCACGGAAGGGCUCAAAGCGUAAGGUGCCUCAUAAGGCGCAAGCCGCAGUCUGUGCCAUCAUCUUCGAAGCCCCUUCUCUCACUGCCGAAAUAUUCUCCCCAAGUGAUGGACAGUUCAACUCGACGCUCUUUCAGGGUC